AGCCGCGCGCAGCCAUCGCCCGCCGACGCCUCCUGCACUCUCCGCGCUCCUGCGGCGCCUGCCACCUUCCCUUCCUUCCCCGCACCCCAGCCCCAGCCGCACGGCCAGCUUGCCCCGUUCGCCACCCCACGGACCGAGCCUUCAGGUCACCGAUCCUGGUCCCUUCUCCCUCGGGCGGUGCACCGCUCCCACGCCUUCCUCUUUCUCCCACUCCACCACCACCUUAACCGCACCCCCCUUCCCCUCGCCCGAGCGCCUGGCACCAGGGACCGUUGCCUGACUCGAGGCCCAGCUUCACUUUUCACCCCGCGUCUCCUCCUGCCCUCCUCUUCCUCCUCCACCACCAACUCCAACUCCUUCGCUCUCGCUCCACUCGCGAGUCCCCGACUUGGCGCCCCUCGGCCCUGCACCGCAGCGUCGCUUCCCGUGCAGUCUCCCAACGGUGGGAGCGCGAUUACCCGGGUCCACACCAUGGCACGGUUCGGCUCGCUGGUGCUUCUUUGCGCCCUGGCAGUGCUCAGCGCCGCGCUGCUGGCUGCCGAGCUCAAGUCGAAAAGUUGCUCGGAAGUGCGACGUCUCUACGUGUCCAAAGGCUUCAACAAGAACGAUGCCCCUGUCCACGAGAUCAACGGUGAUCACUUAAAGAUCUGUCCCCAGGGUUAUACCUGCUGCUCCCAAGAGAUGGAAGAGAAGUACAGCCUGCAAAGCAAAGAUGAUUUCAAAAGUGUGGUCAGUGAACAGUGCAAUCAUUUGCAAGCCGUCUUCGCUUCUCGUUACAAGAAAUUUGAUGAGUUCUUCAAAGAACUACUUGAAAAUGCAGAGAAAUCCCUGAAUGAUAUGUUUGUGAAGACAUAUGGCCACUUAUACACGCAAAAUGCAGAGCUGUUUAAAGAUCUCUUUGUGGAGUUGAAGCGCUACUACGUGGUAGGGAACGUGAACCUGGAAGAAAUGCUAAAUGACUUCUGGGCUCGCCUUCUGGAGAGGAUGUUCCGCCUGGUAAACUCCCAGUACCAUUUUACAGACGAGUAUCUGGAAUGUGUGAGCAAGUACACAGAGCAGCUGAAGCCCUUUGGAGACGUCCCACGGAAACUGAAGCUGCAGGUCACACGGGCGUUUGUUGCAGCCCGGACUUUCGCACAAGGAUUGGCAGUUGCAAGAGAUGUUGUGAGCAAAGUCUCUGUGGUGAACCCCACAGCCCAGUGUACCCAAGCACUGUUGAAGAUGAUCUACUGCUCCCAUUGCCGGGGCCUCGUGACCGUGAAGCCAUGUUACAACUACUGCUCUAACAUCAUGAGGGGCUGUUUGGCCAACCAAGGGGACCUUGAUUUCGAGUGGAACAAUUUCAUAGAUGCCAUGCUGAUGGUGGCGGAGAGGCUGGAGGGUCCUUUCAACAUCGAGUCAGUCAUGGAUCCCAUCGAUGUGAAGAUUUCUGAUGCAAUUAUGAACAUGCAAGAUAAUAGUGUCCAGGUGUCUCAGAAGGUUUUCCAGGGAUGUGGGCCCCCCAAGCCUCUCCCUGCCGGUCGAAUUUCUCGAUCCAUCUCUGAAAGUGCCUUCAGCGCUCGCUUCCGGCCAUAUCACCCAGAGCAGCGCCCAACCACAGCAGCUGGCACAAGUCUGGACCGACUGGUUACUGACGUGAAGGAGAAGCUGAAACAAGCCAAGAAGUUCUGGUCGUCCCUCCCAAGCAACGUGUGCAACGAUGAGAGGAUGGCUGCGGGAAACACCAACGAAGAUGACUGCUGGAACGGCAAAGGCAGAAGCAGGUACCUGUUUGCAGUCACAGGAAAUGGAUUAGCCAACCAGGGCAACAACCCGGAGGUCCAAGUGGACACCAGCAAACCGGACAUAGUGAUCCUUCGUCAAAUCAUGGCCCUUCGGGUUAUGACUAGUAAAAUGAAGAAUGCUUACAACGGGAAUGACGUGGACUUCUUCGAUAUCAGUGACGAGAGCAGUGGAGAAGGCAGUGGAAGUGGAUGCGAGUAUCAGCAGUGCCCUUCAGAGUUUGAGUCCAAUGCCACUGACCACUCUGGAAAGAGCGCCAAUGGUAAAGCCGACAGCGCCGGUGCCCGCGUGGGGGCACAGCCCUACCUCCUCGCUGCCCUCUGCGUCAUGUUCCUGGUUAUGCAGAGAGAGUGGAGAUAAUUUUCAGACUCCAAGUAAAAUUGUUCAUCCUCAGAAAGUUAAAAGGCACUGGUUAUCACUUUUCUACCAUCCUAGUGACUUUGCUUUUUAAAUGAAUGGACAACAGUGUACAGUUUUUACGAUGUGGCCACUGGUUGAAACAAUGUUGACUUUGUUUUUUCAUUCAGUUUGGGGAGACAGAUGGGAAAUCCGACAUUAAGUUUCUUUGUUUUGUUUUCUUUUUUUUCCUGCUCCCUCAGAAUCAUGUUAAACGUGGCUAACAGUGUAGGUACAGAACUGUAGUUAGUUGUUCAUUUGUGAUUUUUAUCACUAUUGUUUGUUUUUGCUCAUUUCGUUUGUGGGGGUUUUCUUUUCCAAUUAUGAUCUCACCUUGUUUCUUCCAAGAAAACCAGGGUCCUUUCUUGGCAUGUAUCAUGUACGUAUUUCUGAAAAUAUUAAAUAGCUGUACAGAAGCA